GGGAGGGAAACAAGAUGGCGGCGGUGGCGGCAGCGGGGUGAGGUGACGGCGACGGCGAUGAUGUCCGGGGCGGAGGAGCGUGAGGCCGGUGGGGGCCCGGCCGCCCCCUCCGCCCCUUCCGCUGCCCUCCCCGGUCCUGCAGCGAUAGCAACGGGAGGUUCGGUAGAAUCGGGAGGAGCCGAAGAAGCGGCGGCUUCACUUCUCGGCGGGGCCCGGCCUCACGGUGAGGCGGGUGCCGAUCCUGACGCUCCACCUAAAAAACGGUUAAGGGCAGCGGGAGCUGGCUCAGGGGGACCCGAGGGGGCGGCGGGUAGCGUGAAGCUGGAGGAGCGGCUCUACUCCGUCUUGUGCUGCACCGUCUGCCUCGACCUGCCCAAGGCCUCGGUCUACCAGUGCACCAACGGGCACCUGAUGUGUGCCGGGUGCUUCAUCCACCUGCUGGCGGACGCGCGGCUGAAGGAGGAGCAGGCCACCUGCCCCAACUGCCGCUGCGAGAUCAGCAAGAGCCUCUGCUGCCGCAACCUGGCCGUGGAGAAGGCCGUCAGCGAGCUGCCCUCCGAGUGCGGCUUCUGCAUGCAGCAGUUCCCCAGGUCCCUCCUGGAGCGCCACCAGAAAGAGGAAUGUCAGGACAGCUCCAAAUUCACCAGGGGUGACCAGGUGGCACCAGGAGUAACCAAGGGACACAAGGAGGUGACCCAGUGCAAAUACAAGCGGAUUGGGUGCCCCUGGCAAGGUCCUUACCAUGAGCUGUCAGUGCACGAAGCCGAGUGCACCCACCCCACCAAAACUGGCAACGAGCUGAUGGAGAUCUUGGACGAGAUGGACCAAACCAGGAAAAAGGAAAUGCAGCUCUACAACAGCAUCUUCAGCCUGCUCAGCUUUGAGAAAAUUGGCUACACAGAGGUGCAGUUCCGCCCGUACCGCACCGAUGACUUCAUCACGCGGCUGUACUACGAGACGCCGCGCCUGACCGUCCUCAACCAGACCUGGGUGCUGAAGGCGCGGGUCAACGACUCGGAGCGCAACCCCAACCUCUCCUGCAAGCGCACGCUCUCCUUCCAGCUCAUCCUCAAGAGCAAAGUCAACGCUCCCUUGGAAUGUUCUUUCCUCCUCUUGGAAGGACCCUACGACGAUGUCCAGAUCCGCCCUGUCAUCUACCACUUCGUCUUCAGCAAUGAGAGCAACGAGACCGACUACAUGGCGCUGCCCAUCGUCGAUUCGGUGGAGUGUAACAAACUGCUGGCGGCCAAAAACAUCAACCUCCGCCUUUUUAUAUUCCAAAUCCAAAAAUAGGACUCAAAUAGAACCACCCCCACCCCCUCCCCACAACGUGUCCCCCCCUCCCAACUGGUGGAUCCUCACUUGGUCCCACAGGGAUUGAGAGAGAAAAGGGGACGACCCCUUAACAAUGGAGAGAAAUCUGUAUGUGGUGGUGAUGGUGGCAGCUUCUCCUUCCAAUAGCCAACUGCUGGUGGUCAAAAAACAUCAAGUUUUGGUGUUGUAUAUCACAGAUCUAAAAGCAGGACUCGGAAAUGACCUUCCCCACUGUCGGAUCCAUCUUUGGUGUUAUCAGGAUUGAUAGAAAAGGGGAAAAACGCCUCAGUAUGGAGGGAAAUCUACAUGUGAUGGUGGUGGCUUCUCCUUCCAGUAACCAACUGCUGGUGGUCAGAAAAACAUCAAUUUUUGGUGUUGUAUAUUCCAGAUCUAUAGAACAGGACCCAGAAAUUACCUUCCCCACUCUCAGAUCCAUCUUUAAUGUUAUCAGGCUUGAUGGAAAAGGGGAAAAACACCUCAAAAUGGAGAAAAAUCUGCAUGCGAUGAUGGUGGUGGCAGCUUCUCCUUCCAGUAACCAGCUGCUGGUGGCCAAAACCAUCAAUUUAUAUUCUGAAUCCAAAAUCAGGACCUUAACGUGACCCACCCCACCAUCUGAUCUUCCUUUGACAUCAGGAUUUAGGGAAAAGGGGAAAAACACCUCAAAAAUGGAGGGAAAUCUGCAUGUGAUGGCGCUUAACAGCAGUUUCUCCUCCCAGUAACUAAUGGAUAGUGGUCAACACCUGUCAGUUUUUGGCUUUUUAUAUAAUAAAUCCAAAAGUAGGACUCAAAAAAUGA